AAGUGGCCCCUUUUCCUUCUGGACGCCUCGAGAAACUUCUUCCUUGGGACCGCCUGCGAAGUACGCCGUGCUCUUAAGCCAAUAAAUAAAUAGGACUCCGGAGGCGCUUUAAAGACUUCCUGCUGGUUUUUAUGCUCGCCUCGGCUUUCGUGGCCUGGAGCCCACCGCCUGCAUCUGAAGGAAAGGGCUCCGCUCCACGGGAAAGGCUUUCUUGGGAGUCAGCUCUAUUGGUUAGUCUGCAGAAGGAUCCUGAGUAGACUUGUUCAGGAUUGCUCCCUACAGUUUUAAAGUGCAUCCGAAUUGGAGCUCUGGUUCACGGAAAGGUGUAUGGGAAGGAUAAAGAUUGAUAAAACUAUGGUAUUCACAAUGUCGUGGUGUCUUCUUGUUUUUGGUGUUCUUCUGCCUUCUUCUUAUGCCCACACAGAUUUCUUCACAUCAAUUGGUCACAUGACAGACUUGAUUAAUACAGAGAAAGACCUGGUGACGUCACUGAAAGACUAUAUCAAGGCAGAAGAGAGCAAGUUGGAGCAGAUUAAGAAGUGGGCAGAGAAGCUAGACAAGCUGACAGAUACUGCAACCAAGGACCCUGAAGGAUUCUUGGGACAUCCUGUGAAUGCAUUCAAGUUGAUGAAGCGACUUAACACUGAGUGGAGUGAACUGGAGAAUUUGGUCUUGAAGGACAUGUCUGAUGGGUUUAUUUCCAACAUGACUAUUCAACGCCAGUAUUUCCCUAACGAUGAAGAUCAGACUGGUGCUGCCAAAGCUCUUUUACGGCUUCAAGAUACAUAUAAUUUAGACACAGAUACUCUGUCAAAGGGAAAUCUUCCAGGAGUGAAACAUAAGACCUUUUUAACAGCUGAAGAUUGCUUUGAAUUGGGCAAGAUUGCAUACACUGAAUCAGACUACUACCACACAGAACUUUGGAUGGAACAAGCUCUGAAACAGCUGGAUGAUGGAGAGGUUUCUUCUAUUGACAAAGUCUCUGUUCUAGAUUACUUAAGCUAUGCAGUGUACCAGCAGGGCGAUUUGGACAAAGCCAUGACGCUGACCAAGCGGCUGCUUGAGCUGGACCCAGAGCAUCAGAGAGCCAAUGGUAACAUGAAAUAUUUUGAAUAUAUCAUGGCUAAAGAAAAAGAAACGAACAAGUCCUUUGCCGAAACAAAUGAUAAGGCUGAGGAAGAAAGUAAAAUUCAGAAAAAGGGUCCUUCCAAGGAUUACCUACCAGAGAGACAAAAGUAUGAAAUGCUAUGUCGUGGGGAAGGUCUCAAAAUGACUCCUAGAAGACAGAGUAAACUCUUUUGCCGUUACUCUGAUGGAAAUGGAAAUCCCAAAUAUAUACUGGGUCCUGUGAAGCAAGAGGAUGAGUGGGACCGUCCACGAAUUGUUCGUUUCAUUGAAAUAAUUUCUGAUGAAGAAAUAGAAACCGUCAAAGAGCUUGCCAAGCCAAGGCUGAGGCGAGCCACCAUUUCAAACCCCAUAACAGGAAUCUUGGAGACUGCACAUUACAGAAUUAGCAAAAGUGCCUGGCUGUCUGGCUAUGAAAAUCCUAUAGUGGCUCGCAUUAAUACAAGGAUACAGGAUCUAACAGGACUGGAUGUCUCCACAGCUGAGGAACUUCAGGUGGCCAACUACGGCGUAGGAGGCCAGUACGAGCCUCAUUUUGAUUUCGGAAGGAAAGAUGAACCAGAUGCCUUUAAAGAACUAGGCACAGGCAACAGAAUCGCCACAUGGCUAUUCUAUAUGAGCGAUGUGGCAGCAGGAGGAGCAACUGUAUUUCCUGAAGUUGGAGCGAGUGUUUGGCCGAGGAAAGGGACAGCUGUAUUUUGGUACAACCUUUUCCCAAGUGGCGAAGGAGACUACAGCACAAGGCAUGCUGCCUGUCCAGUACUAGUUGGAAACAAAUGGGUAUCCAAUAAGUGGAUCCAUGAACGUGGGCAAGAAUUUCGAAGACCGUGCUCUUUAUCAGAGUUCGAAUGAUGCCGACUUCUCUUUUGCGCUUCCUUUUGUGCAAGCUUCAUUUCCCUUCCACACUGCCUUGAUUAACUCUUGACAGUUUACACUAACACCCUCGUACAAGUUUUGUCUCCAGUGCCAUCCGAUACUCAUUCAUGGACAGAUACCUUCUUCUCCUUUUUAAAAGUUUGGCUUCUGUACCAAUUUACAUGUUUAUUGGGAGACCGCAUUUGAUUUUUAAUGUCUGAGUUGUCAUGACCAAAAAUAUCUUCUAUACAGACACUAUAAAACAUUUUGCUGGCGGUAGAAUGAAUAUGAAAAAUAGGUCCUUUAACAAGGACCAAGGAUCGUUGUUUCCUUGGAAGAUAAUAUUGUAUCUGUCUUUUCUACUCUAAUAUCCAGAUGUUCAUUCCUCUUCCUCCUUUUCUUUUGGCAGUGCCUGACCACUGCUAUAAAACUGUGGACGGAGACUGCAUGCCAGGACUCAUGAACUGCAACAGCAAACAUUUCUACUGAAUGCAAAGCUGGCGGGGAGAUGGCCAUAGAAUGUGAUGCUGUUGCAGUGGGCUGUUGCCUUAAAAUGGUCUGUUCUUGGUUUGCGUUUAUAGUGCCAUGAAAGUUCAGACACAGCAGGUCUUCCUUUUGAAACAUCUGAACCUGGCUGGUGACCCUAAGAAUUGAGCCAGUGGUACUAGAAGUAUAGGUGGUUUUACCAGUAUUGUAAAAACUGCAAUAAUGUACUUAUGCAAUUUCCAUGUGCAUGAAAACAGGUCAACAAAAUUAAUGACUGGUAUUCCAGGUAUGAUUCAUUUUUAAUCACAUAAUGAUUCAAGUUUGUCCUUUGAAAAAACCCAGUUGCUGCUUUCAUUGUUUCUUAUUAGUAAUAACCCCAUGGAGAGACAUAAAUCAUUGUGCCUUAGACUGAACUUUCAGAAACAAUUUGUAUGAUGAGAAAAUUCACACUUUUAUUCCCAAAAUGUCAAACUUUGUUUCCCAACGGAGAUGUUUUGUGACAAAGAUGAUAUAUUUAUAAUACUAAAUCUUUUGAAAACUC